ACCCCUCGCGCGUUGCGUCCCUCCCCCUCUCCCUUCCCCCGCUCUCUCUGUGCCCCCUCCCCGCCGUUCCCUCCUCCCCGCUCUCCCUUUCCGCCCGUUCCGCCCCUCACCGUUCCCCUCUCCCCCCUCGCCCCGCUCUAUUUUUUUUCCCCGUUUUCCUCCGUUUUUCCCCCAUUUCUCCCCCACCAUGUCCGAGUCCCUGGGCUGGUGCGUGGAGGCCGUGCGGGCCGCGGCCGAGCCGUCGCUGUCGCGGGCGCUGCUGGCGCUGCGCGCCCGGCACACGCGGCGGGCCGGGGGCCCCGCGCGGUUCCGGGAGCGAGGGGGGCUCGGGCCGCUGCUAGAGCUGGUGGGGCCCGAGAGGCCCCGGAGGGUGCUGGAGCUGGCACUAAGCGUGCUCGGGAACUGCUGCACCGAGCCCGGCUGCCGGCGGCAGGCCAGGAGCCUCGGAGGGGUGCCGCGGCUGGUGUCGCUGCUGGCGCUGCCCGCCGCCCCCGAGAGCGUGUGGAACCGCGUGGCCCGCACUUUGGCCAACCUGGCCCUGGAGCCCGAGGGCGCCCGCGCUGUGCUGGACGCCGGUGCCGCUCCCCUCCUGAUCUCCCUCACCUCCACCUGCACCACCCCCGGCUGCCUGCUGAGCGCCGCCCGCGCCCUCCGCAUCCUCGGCACCCCCCAGACCCCCCAGACCCCCCCCAAAUCCCCUCCCCAGGACCCCCCUCUCCCCUCCCCCAGCCGCGCCCUCGCCGUCUCCGCUCUCUCCGCCCGCCUGGCCGCGCUCGGCCCCGCCGACCCCUGCUGCCCGCCGCUGGCCCGGGCGCUCCGGGGGCUUCUCCUCGCCCCCUGCCCCCCCUCCGUGGCCGAGGCCGCGACCCCCGCCCUGGGCGCGCUGGCCGCUCUGGCCGCCCGGCCCGCCCUGGACCCCCGGGGGUCGGCGCUGGCCGCGCUGGCCGCGCUGGGGACGCGGGGCUGGCUGCGACCCGCGCUGGGGGCGGCCGGGGCCGUGGAGGCUGCGGUGGCCGCCGUGAGGAGGGGGCUUUCCCAAUUUGAGUCUGGGGUCCGCGCGCUGUGCCUGCUGUGCCGCGAGGCGGUGAACCGGGCGCGGCUGCGGCGCGCGGGGGGUCUGGGGGCUCUGCUGGGGGUCCUGCGGGACCCCCGGGCGCGGCGCUGGCACCGCCCGGUGCUGCUGGCGCUCAGCGCCUUCGCCUGGGACCCCCCGGCCCUGCGCGCCCUCGAGAAGAUUUUAGGGGUUAUUUAA